AUGACGAUCCCACUUAUUGGAAGAUUAAGCUUAUCUGACUGGCCAUUGGUCAUCGUAUCGUUCUAUUUGGCAUGGCUUGAAUUUGUUAUAACUUUGAUAACUACUUUAUUACCAAGUGGGUUCAUUGACUUUUGCACGUUCAUGACCAAACAAUUUUACAAAUUCACCAGAAAUCCCAUUACUUUGAUUACUAAAUCUAAACAAAUCGAUGUGAAUGAAGAAGAGAAUAUUAAAUAUCUGUACAUCAAAUCGGAUGUUACCAACAAGUUUACAAAGAAGAAUUAUGAUUUAAUGAUUGAAUUAUUAAACGCAGAGAACAUAGAACAGAUGGUCAAAUUAUUUGGGUACGAUAUUGAAAGCAGAAUAGUCAAGACUGACGAUGAUUAUUUGUUAACAAUACACAGAAUUGUGGGCAAAAACAGACCAUCUAAUGGAAAAGUGGUGUAUUUACAUCAUGGGUUAUUGAUGUGUAGUGAGAUUUGGGUAACCAUGAUUGACAAGUAUCAAAAUUUGCCAUUUAUUUUGUACGAUUUGGGAUACGAUGUGUGGUUAGGAAACAAUCGUGGUAACAAGUACAGUCAAAAACAUUUGCGCCAUAAUUUGGGUUCUACGGCAUACUGGGAUUUUUCUAUUGAUGAGUUUGCAUUGUUUGACAUUCCAAAUACCAUUGACUAUAUCUUGCAAGAAACUGGAAAUGAAAAGUUGACUUAUAUUGGUUUUAGUCAAGGAAGUGCCCAGGCAUUUGCAAGUGUUAGUGUUCAUUCAGAUUUAACCAAGAAGAUUGAUCAAUUAAUUGCUAUUUCCCCAGCCACUACCCCACAUGGUUUAUUCUCAAGAGUGUUGGAUGUGUUAUUAAAGUCUUCUCCAAAUGUUGUUUAUCUUUUAUUCAGUCGACGCGUUUUGAUGCCAUCUUGUAUCUUUUGGCAAAAAAUCAUGUACCCACCUUUGUUUGACACUCUGAUUGAUAUUGCCAACUAUAUGUUGUUCAAUUGGAAAGCUAAGAAUAUUACAAAACUCCAAAAGUUGAGUAGCUAUGCUCAUUUAUAUUCAACAACUAGUGUCAAAUGUGUUGUUCAUUGGUUUCAGGUGAUGUCUAGCAAGAAUUUCCAAAUGUAUCACGAUUCAAAACCGGGAACAUCCGGCCUUAAUCCAAUUACUUAUCCGUUGAAGAAUAUAAAAGUUCCAAUUCAUUUGAUUUAUGGAACCACAGAUUCUUUGGUUGAUAUUGAUGUUAUGAAAAGUCAAUUACCAGAGAAGACUACAACCGCUCAUCCAGUUGACAAUCAUGAACAUUUGGAUAACUUAUGGGGUGACGACGUUUACGAAUUGGUUUUCAAACCCGUCUUAAAAUAUUUAGGUGAAGAUGUUGACAAGGUAUACGCCAGAUUAUUCAAAACAGAUGGGAGCACUAGACUCAUCGAAAACAUUAUUAGAAGCGAUGCCGAAACACUUACAGUAGAGGAUGAAGAUGGAGAAGUUUUGAAUGCCCAAUCUUAUCUCAAGUCAGUUAAUGGUAAUACUGAUGAACCUGUUCCGUUGGAAACACCACUUGUAAAUGAAUACGAAAUUCAACAGAAUAUCGGAGGUAAUAUAUUUGUAUAG